UAGGCCCAUUCAUUGAUUAGCGAAGCAGAUCGUUACAGUUGGGCAGUGAAAACUCUACUUCCACUAUAAACAUACGCUACCGCACUGUCACUGGUGGCAUUUGUUAUUUUUCAGUAGCAACAGUAGAAAGAAGAAAUGGCUGAGGGAGGCAGGAAAGUUGUUAUCGGUGUGGAUGAAAGCAGUUUCGCGGAGGAAGCGUUUAACUUUUAUGCGGAGAAUUUCCUGAAGGAAGAUGACGUCAUCAUUUUGGUCCACACUCCAGAACGAUACAACUUUGUGGAUGCAAAUCUGGGUACACAAGUGGACCGCCCUCAUGUACACAGGGAACUCCUGGAAGAAAUCAAGCAGAAAGUAGAAACUCUGGAAGACAAAUAUUCCAAGAAGAUGGAAGAUUGCGGCAUACGACAUGGUAAAUUUGUAAAGAAGCACGGAGACGCAGGGGAAGCCAUUAUUGCCGUGGCGGAGAAGGAGAAAGCGAAUCUCAUUGUGACCGGAUGUCGCGGCAUGGGCCUGCUCAGACGCACGUUUCUGGGCAGCGUCAGUGAUUACGUCAUGCACCACGCCCACUGCCCCGUUCUGGUGUGCCGGAAGUAACCCUUUCAUUCUUCCUUUUUUUUUUUUUUUUUUUUUUUUUUUAAAUUUUUUACCUCUACAUUCGAUUAACACAACGAAUGUCCAUUAAAUUCCGCUCAGAUUUACAUUUCACUAAUUCUAUUGUGAUUAACACCAUCGAACUACCAUCGAACUAAUAGCAAUAUAUGCAAUUAUAUUUAUCAUGGUGACGUGACUUCAAUCAAAAACGUAUCGAGACCUUGAAUUAUAAGGUCAAGAUCUAGUUAAUGUUAAAAAAGUGCCCACUUUAUGCUUGAUCCAUAGUGAAGUCACAAUUAAUUUGAUGGUGAAACAUUUUCUUGACAUUCCAUUUAAAAUUACAUAAAAAUAAUCGUGAUACUCUUUUUAAUGUAAUAUGAAGCUUGAGAAGAGAUAUUUGUUACCAGGCAUAUAUGAUUUUAAAACAGGUAGGCUAUUUCCAUAUGCUAGAUCUUGACCUUAAGCAGUUUAUAUACAUUUUAACUUUAUUUGUACUUUUAUGUCCAUCAAAACAGUUCGUGUGUUUUGCCGUUAUAGGUACCUGGUAAAUGAUUAAAUAACUUGCAAAACUUCAUUACAUA